AUGGGUACCCAGAACUGCUCCUGGGUCCUGGUCCCCGAGCCGCUGCUGGACACCGACUUCGUGGCCACGUACAGGCAUGGCGUGCAGGGGGCCAUGGAGCUGGGCAAGUGUGUCCGCAUGGGGCCACAGAGCUGCUCCUUUGGGGAUGUGCAGAUGUUCUCCCUUAUUCCCUAUGUGGUGAACUUGACGGCCAUGAACCCGCUGGGCACUGCCUCCCAACUCCUGCCCUUCCUCAUGGAGAGCAUCAUAAAGCCGGACCCCCUGAAGGACCUGCGGGUUUCACCCACCUGUGAGACCAAGAAGUUGCUGCUGGAGUGGAGCCUGCCAGGGUCCUGGCCCUUCCCAGAUUACUUGCCACUGAAAUAUUGCAUCCGCUAUGGCCAGGAGGAGGGCUUUGUCACAAAGAUCGGGCCAUACAAGCAGAUCUCUUACACCCUCACGGGAUUGCAACCUGGGACCCUCCACCACAUCCAGGUGGCUGUCAAGGACAUCACAGACUCCGGGGAGUUCAGCGCCUGGAGCCUGCUGGCCUCAGGGAUGCCCUCGAUGGAGCCAUGA